CGCGGCGGGCAGGCUGAGCGCCUGCGUUUCCUCGCGGCCGUCCUAGGUGUCGCUGUUGUCCACCUUUGCGCCGCGGCUCGGCGUGUCUCGGGGAGCACGUGAUCGGCGGGGAGGCCGCGGCUCACGGGCCGUUUUCAAAUCUCAUUGGCUCGCCUGUCAUGUGGUCGUGCGGAGGCAUCCACAAUUACACCGGGAAUGUUUUCGUAGAGAUGUCAGCCUACAAAGGACACCCUCUCUCUCCUUCCAAUUCCUCCCUAAAAUGUCCUUUCCCAACAGCUCUCCCGCCGCCAACACGUUCCUAGUCGACUCCUUGAUCGGUGCCUGCAGGAGCGAUAGCUUUUACUCCAACGGCGCCAGCAUGUACAUGCCGCCCAGCACAGACCUCGGCACGUACGGGAUGCAGACCUGUGGACUUCUACCGUCUCUGGCCAAAAGAGAAGUCAGUCAUCCAAACAUGGGCAUGAACGUGCAUCCCUACAUCCCUCCGGUAGACACUUGGGCCGAUCCCAGCAGGCCGUGCCGCAUAGAGCAACCUGUUACUCAGCAGGUGCCCGCUUGUUCCUUUGCGACCAAUAUUAAGGAAGAAACCAAUUGCUGCAUGUACUCGGACAAGCGGUCCAAGCUGGGCUCCCCUUCCGACGUUCCUUCUUCCUACCAGAGGUUAGUCUCUGACUCGUGUCCCGUUGAAAACCCCGAGGUCCCCGUCCCGGGGUAUUUCAGGCUGAGCCAGACCUACGCCGGGGGAAAAGCCCCAGAGUACCAUAACAGCCCCGAAGCCACUUCCACCCUCAUGCUGCAGUUAAACCCACGCGGCGCUUCCAAAGCGCAGGUCGCCUCGCAAGUCCCGAUGGAGAAGAACACGAGUGAAACUCCCAGCGCCAACGCCGGCGCCGCCACCCCGGGCAACAGCAGCGGCGGCGGCGGCGGUGGCGGCGGCGGCCAUCAGCACCAGCACCAGCCGGAGAACUCCGCCAAAGCCUCCCGAGUGUCAAGUCCCGAGUCCAAGUCCGCGCUGCAGGACGAGCGGAGCUGCCUGGCCGAAGCCGCCGUCUCCAGCCCAGAAAGCCAAGAGAAAGAAAGCAAAGAGGAAGCCAAGUCUGAUACUCCAACCAGCAAUUGGUUAACGGCAAAGAGUGGCAGAAAGAAGAGAUGCCCUUAUACUAAACACCAAACACUGGAAUUAGAGAAAGAAUUCUUGUUCAAUAUGUAUCUCACCCGAGAGCGCCGCCUAGAGAUCAGUAAGAGCGUAAACCUCACUGACAGGCAGGUCAAGAUCUGGUUCCAAAACCGCAGAAUGAAACUCAAGAAGAUGAGUAGGGAGAACCGAAUCCGAGAACUGACUGCUAAUCUGACUUUCUCUUAAACCGCACAACCUGGGCUGGCCAUAAUGCUGUUACCAUUGGUUGCGCCAUGAUUAAGAAAGACCA